UUUCGGUAGUCGGACGUUCAGAACUGAUUGUUCACAUGUCGUACUAGAGACGGUAUUUUCUGUGAAAUUUCUUUCGAUAUUGUGCACGGGAGACGCCAAUCUAGUAACAAUGGCCAAGUUUGACCUCACGGCGAAGAAUUGCCAGUAUCUGGAUCGCCAUUUGACGUUCCCUUUGCUGGAAUUUUUGCUCCAGAAAAAUGUGUACGACCAAUCUUCCUUGCUGAAGUUUAUCCUCGAGACCGUCAGCAAAACGAACAUGGUCGAUUACACGAUGGACAUUCGUGAGCGUUUGACCCUGGAAAAGACGCUUCCGGAGGAGUUGAACCAGCGACGAGCGAAUGUACUUGUUACACUCAAGGAACUCCAGGCUGAGGUGGCACCGCUGAUGAAGUGUAUGGAAGAGUUGAAGAAUCCGGAUACGUUGAAAGAUUCGAAAUCCAUCAUACACGCGUUGCAGCAAACGCUGGAUUACGACAUCAUUCAAAGUGCUCAAAAGUUGGCCAAGUAUCUGUACGAGUGUGGCAAUUACAACGAUUCAUUGUCCUACUUGUACAUUUGUAUGCUGGUGAUGGAGCCGAAUGAUAAGAAUUACCUGAGCGUACUGUGGGGCAAACUGGCGGUUGAAAUUCUGACGCUAAACUGGCCAACGGCCCUGGAGGAUUUGACGCGCCUGCGUGACUUUAUCGAGAACUAUAACUUCUCACCGAUUCAGGUGCUGCAGCAGCGUACUUGGUUGAUCCACUGGAGCGUGCUGGUGUUCUUCAACCACGCCAAGGGGCGUGAUCUGAUUAUCGACAUGUUCUUAUACAAGCUGCAGUAUUUGAACGCCAUCCAGACGAUGUGCCCACACAUUCUACGCUAUCUCGCGACGGCGGUCAUCAUCAAUCGAGGGCGCCGUAACGCACUGAAGGAUUUAAUUAAGGUAAUCCAGCAGGAAUCUUACACCUACCGGGAUCCGAUCACCGAGUUUGUGGAACAUCUGUACGUGAAUUUCGAUUUCGAGGGUGCUCGUAAGAAGCUGCACGAGUGCCAGACGGUGAUCGUUAACGACUUCUUCAUCAUCGGUUGUCUGGACGAGUUCGUCGAGAACGCCCGUCUGAUGAUCUUCGAAACAUUCUGUCGUAUUCAUCAGUGCAUCACGAUUGGCAUGCUGGCGGACAAGUUGAACAUGAAGCCGGACGAGGCGGAAUGCUGGAUCGUCAACUUAAUCCGUAAUGCGCGGCUCGAUGCCAAGAUUGAUUCGAAGCUGGGACAUGUCGUGAUGGGUACGCAGCCGUUGUCACCCUACCAGCAACUGGUGGAAAAAAUUGACUCUCUCUCCGUACGCUCUGAAGCGUUGACCCUGUUGGUCGAGCGAAAGCACAAAGCUAAAACUCAAGAAUCCGGCGAAGGACACUGGAAGUAUUACUAACGGGAGAACGCGCUAAUACCAUUUUUUAAAUUGCCUGUUGCGCCGUAUAUCGCAUCGUUGGUAGCGUAAUUGGUCGUUUUUUGAAGACGUAUUGAGUGUUGUUCGGUCGUUCGGAAACAGCACCGUGAGGCAAGUGACGUACAGAGUAGACAAACGUGUUCUGCAUGAAAAGAAGAUACAUUUGUGCUUCGGGAAUAACAACAAUCAAGUGUUUGGGAGAGUGCUCCGGGGAAAAAAACUGCGUGAAACGAAACAUUCACUUAAUCAGCAGCUGCAGAGAUGAUUACCCAUAGGCGGAUAAUUUGGAAUAAAAUACAUACGCUAGUGAGAGAUACACGCAAAAAACGCAUGUUGGUACAGUU